UAAAAGAAGGAAAAAAAUCUGUAAUCAUGGUCUGGUGUGGAACCUGCAGAAUCAGGCAACGGUCGCUUCGCUUCCGUCCAUGGCGUCGAGCUCCGACCCUUCAAGGUCCCCCGACGACGGCGACGACUUCUCGGCUUCUCGCUUCAGAAAAACAGUUUGCCUCCACGAUUGGUGGCUGACGCAAGCCGCAGACGAUGGUUCUCAGGGAAGGACGCUGGCCGUCUCCGGGUUCGCUUCGCCCAAGCAACAAUCUGUUCAACAAGUGGUUCGGGUGUUCAAAUCGGCUCCGAUCACCAAAAGAUAUGAUUUUUCAACUCUUGAAACAGCAGAUGGUGUUUGUGUUGUGGUGUCUGGAUUGAUAAAUAAGUCGCGUACUACAGAAAGUGGCUUCUCACUUGAGAUUUUCAAGCAUUUUUUGUUUGGAUUUCCUCCUAAUUGGGAAGAUUGUGCUUCAAAAUGCUUGGAGAAAGAAGCAAAAAUAGUUACGAGGCCAGGAAAGGCAUCAUUUGAUAAAGGUGGGAAGAGAAUAGGCAAAGUAGAUGAAGAUAACUCAUUGAGGAAUGCAACUAUUGUUACAAGCAGAAGAGUAACCAGAUCAGGAAGCAAGUCUUUUGCCUUAUCAAGUUCAAGAGACAGCUCUGCUAUGAUGGAACCAAAUCUUCCUAACGCUGAAGUGGAAGUCACACAAGAUAGUUGUUGUUCUGCAGCUGUUGAUGAGUCUAAAGUGUACUCUCCUCAAAAGACAGGUGGGAAGGGAAAAGGCAAUGUAAAUAAAAAUAAUUUUUGUGGGGAGCCAAUUGUGUUUAAAACUCCUGCAGGCUCCCAAGGAAGUUCCCUCAUAUCUCCGGAUUCUUUCAAACGUUCUAGAUCUGGAAGAAUACUUCUACCCAGGUUAGAGUUCUGGCGAAACCAAGUGGCAGUUUAUGCACAGGACCGUGGAGUCGCUGGAGUCCAGGAAGGCCCAAGUUUGAUCUUAGAUGAUGAUUAGAAAGUACCCUACACCUGAAAUUGAACGUCCCCACCUCUAGCCCCUCCUCCAAAAAGGGUAGCCAAGCGUGAAGUGCCAUUAUGAACAUACUUUACACAAAUUGAGAAGAUAUUCUUGGUAAAUGUGACUAAUUUUCAAAUAAAAUCGAAAGCAUCGCCCCUAUCUCACUGACUUUUAUGAGCAUAGAGAGCAUUCAAGUUUGGGCGGCUGUGCAACUUUUUGCAAAAAUGCUACCUCGUUUCCACUUAUAGUCUUGUUUCU